CACGAGCUGAGACUACUCAGACCUCGCCCUGACUCGGAACAGUUGCGAUGCUGCUAAUAACAGUGAUUCUCAGUCAUCGUCGACGAAGUCUAAGACAGUGCCCAGUGUGGAAUCUGGAGGCCUCUCCCCUGCCGGGCUACCGUCGAAAAGUCAGUACUUACCAGCAUCGACGCAAUCGUGGAUUGCACCCGGUAUCGGCUUGGGAGAACUCUCCUCCCCGGUGCUUUCUUCAAAGAGCUGCUACCAACCAAGGUUGAAGGCAGACGAGCUACAGCCAACCCUGCAGCGGAGUUCCCGAGACUGGAACUGAGAAGACAGGUCUCCGACAUCGACAAGUUUGUUUACGAUGACAUCAUUCUCCAUGACUACCAUCCUCACCCCAAGAUACAUUUUGAUAUGUACUGCUGCAUUACCUUCAGUGAAUGAAAAGCACUGAAGUGCA